AUGGGAAAGCCAAAAACACUUGAUUCAUUCUUUAAGAAAAAAGAUGCGAGUCAAUUAAAAGUUAGUACUUGUACACAUUUAGAGAAACCUUUAGCAACGGAUCUCGAGGCUUUAGUGACUAAUGAGCGUCCCUCCAAAUGUCCAAGAAUUCAACCUGAAGAAAUGAAUGCUACCUUUUUGGAACGUGAUCCAGGAUUACGUCCGCAAAUAUGGGAAUUCCCUGUUAACUUACAAGAUGACAUUCGACGUGCUUAUAUUAGAGCCAAACCAUGUCAACCCAAGCUUUCGGAAUAUCCAUAUUCAGGAAUGGGUAAUAAUCGUCGCCGAUUUCAAGCCUCUUGGUUUGAGACAUACUCAACUUGGUUGGAGUACUCAAAAUCAAAGGAUGCUAUAUUUUGUCUUCCAUGCUAUGUUUUUGCUAAGAAACCAACAGGUCGUCCAGGAUCAGAUGCAUUUACAGGGAAAGGUUUUAACAAUUGGAAAAAGGCAAGCGAUGGGAUGAAUAGUUCUUUAAUGAGACAUGUGGGGAAAGAUCCAAAUUCACCACAUAAUAUUGCCGUGAAAUGUUGUGAGGAUCUAAUGAAUCAGUCAGGGCAUAUUGACAAGAUAGUUGAAAAGCAAACAUUACAAGAAACAAAGAAUAAUCAGUUGCGGCUCAAAACCUCUAUAGAUAGUGUUCAAUGGCUUACAUUCCAAGCAUGUCCCUUUAGAGGUCACGAUGAAAGCUCUGGCUCGAAAAAUCAAGGUAACUUCAUUGAAUUGGUAAAGCUCCUAGCAAGCUAUAAUGACGAUGUUGCUGGACUUGUCUUGGAAAAUGCUCCAAAAAAUGCCAAAUAUACAUCACCCAAAAUUCAAAAGGAAAUCCUACAUAUCAUUGCAAAUAAAGUGCGGGAUGCGAUUAGAAAAGAAAUUGGGGAUGCCAAAUUUUGCAUUCUCGUUGAUGAAGCUCGGGAUGAAUCAAAAAGGGAGCAAAUGGCUAUUAUUUUGAGGUUUGUUGAUAAAGAUGGUUUUAUUAGGGAGCGAUUCUUUCAUAUUGUGCAUGUUAAAGAUACUUCUGCAUCAACUUUGAAAAAAGAGAUAUGUGUUGUUCUUUCUCGUUAUAAUCUCCAAAUUGAAAAUAUUCGAGGCCAAGGAUAUGAUGGAGCUAGUAAUAUGCGUGGUGAAUGGAAUGGGUUACAAGCUUUAUUUGUUAGGGAUUGUCCCUAUGCAUAUUAUGUGCAUUGCAUGGCUCAUAAACUACAAUUAGCUUUAGUUGCAACAUCUAGAGAAGCCAAGCGCAUUCAUCAAUUCUUUAUCCAGUUGGCUUCAAUUAUUAAUAUUGUUGGGGGUUCUUCUAAACGUCAUGAUGACUUGCAAUCUAUUCAUGCUGUUGAACUUGAAAAUUUGGUUGCUUCUAAUGCAAUUGAGACUGGAAGGGGGAUAAACCAAAUUGACACUUUGCAACGACCUGGAGAUACUCGAUGGUCAUCUCAUUAUCAAUCUGUUUGUAGCAUGAUAAGAAUGUAUGGUGCAACUUGUUCAGUUAUCAACAAGAUCUCAAAUGAGGGAGUUAAUUAUUCUCAACGUGGUGAUGCUGAAGCGGCUUACAUGAUAUUAACAUCAUUUGAAUUUAUUUUGAUAUUGCAUUUGAUGAAAGAAAUUAUGGGACUCACAAAUAUGCUUUGCCAAUCUUUGCAACAAAAGUCACUAGACAUUUUAAAUGCCAUGAGUCAAGUUUCAACUACACAAUCACUCAUUCAAAAGAUGAGAGAUGAUGGGUGGGAGCCUUUGCUUACUACUGUUAAAUCAUUUUGUGAAGAAAAUGAUAUUGAUAUUCCUGAUAUGAAUGCUCAUUACACUAGAGCUCGAGGUAGAUCUUGUCGUCAAGAUGAAGGGUCUCCAACAACAAUGGAGCAUCAUUUUAGAGUUGAUAUAUUUACUGCUGCAAUAGAUUUCCAGUUACAAGAAUUGAAAAAUAGAUUUAAUGAGCAGGCUGUGGAACUCCUCAUUCUUAGCGUUGCUUUAAGCCCUAAAGAUGCAUACAAAUCAUUUAAGAUUGAUGAUAUAUGUAAGUUAGCUGAGAAGUUUUAUCCUCGAGAUUUCACCGAGCAAGAAAAAAUUUGUUUGAAAUUUCAGUUGCAGCAUUAUAAGCUUGAUGUGCCAAAGCAUCAAGAUUUUCAGAAUAUGUCUACAUUAUCUGAGUUAUGCAGAGGAUUGGCAGUUUCAGAAAAAUCAAAGAUCUAUCCUUUGAUUGACAGAUUGAUUCGCCUAGUGUUGACUCUCCCUGUUUCUACUGCAACUACAGAAUGA